GAAAACCGUCCGAUCCCAGAACCGGGUCCCAAUGAGGUCCUCCUGCGGAUGCAUUCUGUUGGGAUCUGUGGGUCUGACGUUCACUACUGGCAGCAUGGUCGAAUCGGGGACUUUGUCGUGAAGGACCCCAUGGUCUUGGGACAUGAAGCUUCUGGGACUGUUGUCAAAGUGGGAUCAGGAGUGACUCAUCUGAAAGCAGGGGAUCGAGUGGCCAUCGAGCCCGGUGUCCCAAGAGAAAUGGAUGAGUUCUGCAAAACUGGCCGCUACAACCUGUCUCCGACCAUCUUCUUCUGUGCGACGCCUCCUGACGAUGGGAACUUGUGCCGCUACUACAAGCACAGUGCCAGCUACUGCUACAAGCUUCCAGAUAAUGUCACCUUUGAAGAAGGAGCCCUUAUUGAGCCUCUUUCAGUGGGAAUCCAUGCCUGCAAAAGGGCGGGAGUCACUCUGGGAAGCAAAGUCUUCGUGUCUGGCUCUGGACCAAUUGGCCUUGUUAACGUGCUUGUCGCUAAGAUGAUGGGUGCAUCGGCUGUGGUAAUUACAG